CUGCGGGGCGGCGCCGGGACAGGAAGCGGAAAGCGGCAGUGCAGCGGCGGCGGCGGCGGCGGGGCUCUGCCUCUACGGGAGCCCAGCGCAGGCCGCAGAGCCGGGGCCGCUGUGAGCCGAGAGCGCGGGCCGGGGAGCCCGCACGGCCGGCGCGGAGAAUUUGUUCCUGUCGAAGAGCGGCUCCUGGAUCUCCAGACCCUUUGCAGUCUUAGGAGGAGAGUAGGUGAAAUUCCCUACCUCUGAGGAGAAACACUGCCCGCUCCUUCAUCAAGAGCAAGCUCCCCAUUGCUAUGGAUACCGAAUCCACAUACUCUGGAUAUUCUUACUAUUCAAGUCAUUCGAAAAAAUCUCACAGACAAGGGGAGAGAAAUAGAGAGAGACACAAAUCACCCCGGAAUAAAGAUGGCAGAGGGUCAGAAAAAUCUGUCACCAUUCAAGCUCCCACUGGAGAGCCCCUGUUGGCAAACGAUUCCACUCGGACAGAGGAAGUUCAGGAUGACAACUGGGGAGAGACCACCACGGCCAUCACAGGCACCUCAGAGCACAGCAUAUCACAGGAGGACAUUGCCAGGAUCAGCAAGGAUAUGGAAGACAGCGUGAGGCUGGAUUGCAGGCGCUACCUGGGCCUCACCGUGGCCUCGGUCCUUGGACUGCUGGUGUUCCUCACCCCCAUUGCCUUCAUCCUGUUACCCCCCAUCCUGUGGAGGGACGAGCUGGAGCCUUGUGGCACAAUUUGUGAGGGACUCUUCAUUUCCGUGGCGUUCAAACUCCUCAUCCUGCUCAUCGGGACCUGGGCGCUCUUCUUCCGCAAGCAGAGAGCUGACGUGCCACGCGUCUUCGUGUUCCGUGCCCUUCUGUUGGUCCUCAUCUUUUUUUUUGUGGUUUCCUAUUGGCUGUUUUAUGGGGUCCGCAUUUUGGACUCUCGGGACCGCAACUACCAGGGUAUCGUGCAGUACGCGGUGUCCCUCGUGGACGCCCUCCUCUUCAUCCACUACCUGGCCAUCGUCCUGCUGGAGCUGAGGCAGCUGCAGCCCAUGUUCACGCUGCAGGUGGUCCGCUCCACCGACGGCGAGUCCCGGUUCUACAGCCUGGGACACCUGAGUAUCCAGCGAGCAGCAUUGGUGGUUCUGGAAAAUUACUAUAAAGAUUUCACCAUCUAUAACCCCAAUCUCCUAACAGCCUCCAAAUUCCGAGCAGCCAAGCACAUGGCCGGGCUGAAAGUCUACAAUGUAGAUGGCCCCAGUAACAAUGCCACUGGUCAGUCCCGGGCCAUGAUUGCUGCUGCCGCUCGGCGCCGAGAUUCGAGCCACAACGAGUUGUAUUAUGAAGAGGCUGAGCACGAGCGGCGGGUGAAGAAGCGGAGAGCAAGGCUGGUGGUGGCCGUGGAGGAGGCCUUCAUCCACAUCCAGCGUCUCCAGGCCGAAGAGCAGCAGAAAGCCCCAGGGGAGGUGAUGGACCCCCGGGAGGCCGCCCAGGCCAUCUUCCCCUCCAUGGCCCGCGCUCUGCAGAAAUACCUGCGCACCACUCGACAGCAGCAUUACCACAGCAUGGAGAGCAUCCUGCAGCACCUGGCCUUCUGCAUCACCAACAGCAUGACCCCCAAGGCCUUUCUGGAACGUUACCUCAGCGCAGGCCCCACCCUGCAGUAUGACAAGGAGCGCUGGCUCUCGACGCAGUGGAGACUGGUCAGUGACGAGGCUGUCACUAACGGACUACGGGAUGGAAUCGUUUUCGUCCUCAAAUGCUUGGACUUCAGCCUCGUGGUCAAUGUGAAGAAAAUUCCAUUCAUCGUACUCUCGGAAGAGUUCAUAGACCCCAAAUCUCACAAAUUUGUCCUUCGCUUACAGUCUGAGACCUCAGUUUAAAAGUUUUAUAUUUGUGGCUUUAUUACAAAAAAAAAAGAA